GUUAUUUCAUUAUUACGGGAUGCAGCUGGACGGGUCGAAGGCGAACCGGCACAAUUGGUUAAAGAUGCCGUGAAGGUCCUGUCUUCGCAUGAACUCUACGCGCCAUCAAUUACUCGUUUUCGUGAUAGUGAUCGUAUUGCGACGCAGUACUAUGAUGGACUGAUUCGUCUUCAUCAUCCAAGCCGACAGCGAAAGCGAAGCGUCGUCGAUGCCUACCGCGAUAAAAGAGGAUCGCAUGGAGAGCGACGAAGAGUGUCCGCGGACGUAAAGAACGCUCUCGAGAACGACACAGAAUGGACGUUCGACAUACUGCAAUUGGAGAAGGUCACCGAAAAUCAUGCACUGGUUCAGCUUGGUAUCAAGGCCGUAGAAGCCCAUACCACGGCUGGUAACGGGCAUACCAUAAAAGGCGCCACACAUGCAGCAGACUGUCGCUACGCUGUACAUUCUGUGUCUUACGUGCAGAUGUGCUCCCAGGCCACCUCGUACUUCCUCGACUCGCCCACAGUUGCUGGACAUAUCACAGAAAAUCAUGCAAUCGCUGCUCUUCUCGCGGCCACCGUUCACGAUCUGGAUCAUCCGGGUCGGGGCAACGCGUUCCUCAUCAACACACGGCAAUCGCUUGCAGUGCUGUACAAUGACCAUUCAGUGCUGGAGAAUCACCACGUCGCCUUAGCUUUUCAGUUAACUCUUCAACAAAGCAAUAAUGUGAACAUAUUUGGUAAUCUAUCUCGUGAGGAGUUCACCGCUAUUCGACAUGCAAUGGUUGAAAUGGUGUUGGCAACGGAUAUUAAGCCGGCAUUUCGAGUAUCUCGUGAAGUUCAACAAGGUCAGCAGUGUUAA